AUCUCUUUCGUUGACAGACGGUUGGACAGGAUGUCGCUCGUAAUUCCAGAGAAGUUUCAACACAUUCUUCGUGUCAUGGGCACGAACAUUGACGGUAACAGAAAAGUCAUGUUUGCUAUGACAGCAAUUAAAGGUGUUGGUCGUCGUUAUGCCAACAUCGUUUUGAAAAAGGCUGAUAUCGAUUUAGACAAACGUGCUGGAGAAUGUUCAGAAGAAGAAGUUGAAAAAAUUGUUACUAUUAUGGGUAACCCUAGACAGUACAAGAUCCCUGAUUGGUUCUUGAAUAGGCAAAAGGAUAUUGUAGAUGGCAAAUAUUCACAGCUCACCAGUUCAUACCUGGAUUCAAAACUUCGUGAGGAUUUGGAAAGGAUGAAGAAAAUUCGUGCUCACAGAGGUUUGCGUCACUACUGGGGUCUCCGUGUACGUGGUCAACACACAAAGACCACGGGACGUCGUGGACGUACAGUGGGUGUAUCGAAAAAGAAGUAAUUUUAUAUUAUCUUGGUUAUCAA